AUGAUCCUGACGCCGGAUAGCAGCGCACAGACCACGAUGACAAUCUCACCGGCACCGGAAUCGCCGAUCUCGAGCAUGUCGUCGCAUGGAUUGCGCGCGUCCAGCGUGUCGCGCAUGUCUUGCGUCUCACAGGGCAUGUCCAGUCCUUAUCACGUGGCUCAGUUACCGCAUCAUCUCAGCCCGAACAUGCCCACCAUGGACUCUACUGUUUCAUCGGCUAAACCUGAACCCGAAUUGAACAUAGAAUUCGACGGGACCACAGUAUUGUGCCGUGUCUGCGGAGACAAGGCGUCCGGUUUUCACUAUGGGGUACACUCCUGCGAGGGAUGCAAGGGAUUCUUCCGGCGCAGCAUUCAGCAGAAGAUCCAGUAUCGACCCUGCACCAAGAACCAACAGUGCAGCAUCCUACGGAUCAACAGGAACCGCUGCCAGUAUUGCCGUCUCAAGAAGUGCAUCGCUGUCGGGAUGAGUCGUGAUGCGGUGCGAUUCGGCCGUGUGCCCAAACGUGAGAAGGCCAGGAUUCUGGCUGCCAUGCAGCAAAGCUCCCACAGCCGUUCUCUAGAGAAGGCGGUAGCGGCCGAGCUGGAGGACGAGCAACGGCUGCUGGCCACCGUGGUGCAAGCCCAUAUUGACACAUGCGACUUCACCAGGGACAAGGUCGCCCCAAUCUUGGUCAGAGCACGAGAAACGCCUAACUAUACCGCGUGUCCACCAACCUUGGCAUGCCCCCUGAACCCUAACCCCCAGCCGUUGACUGGCCAGCAAGAGUUGCUGCAGGACUUCUCCAAGAGGUUCUCGCCGGCGAUCCGCGGAGUGGUGGAGUUCGCGAAACGCAUUCCUGGCUUCAGCCUGCUGGCUCAGGACGACCAGGUCACGCUGCUCAAGGCUGGCGUGUUCGAGGUGUUGCUGGUGCGGCUGGCCUGCAUGUUCGACGCCCAGACGAACAGCAUGAUCUGCCUGAACGGGCAGGUGCUUAAGCGUGAAUCGAUCCAUAACAGCAGUAACGCUAGAUUCCUCAUGGACUCGAUGUUCGAUUUCGCCGAGAGGGUGAACUCUCUGCGGCUAUCCGACGCGGAAUUGGGACUGUUCUGUUCAGUGGUAGUGAUCGCCGCGGAUAGACCAGGAUUGCGCAACACUGAACUGGUCGAGCGUAUGCACAACAAACUGCGGAACGCUCUUCAGACAGUCUUGGCUCAGAAUCAUCCGCAGCAUCCGGAUAUCCUGAGAGAAUUGCUGAAGAAGAUCCCGGACCUGAGAACAUUGAACACCCUCCAUUCGGAGAAAUUGCUGGCGUUCAAGAUGACCGAGCAACAGCAACAGAUGCAGGCUCAGCAGCAACACCAGCAGCAGCAGCAGCAGCAGCAACAGCAAACGCAGCAUGUGAUCAGUGCUCAACAGCCGCAGCAACAACAUUGGCCCAUGGAGGAGGAACCACCAGCGUCGUGGGGAUCAGCUUCGGAUGUUACACUCGACGAAGCUGUGAAGAGUCCCUUGGGCAGUGUCUCGAGCACCGAGAGCACCUGCAGCGGAGAAGUAGCUUCUCUAACGGAAUACCAUCACGUAGCUCCACCAAGUGGACACCACGCGUCCAGUGCUCCUCUGUUAGCUGCUACCCUAGCAGGUGGCCUCUGUCCGCAUCGUCGGCGAGCAAACUCUGGCAGCACGAGCUCCGGCGACGACGAACUCCAUCGUGCGUCGCUCUCCAAGACACCUCAGCCACCUCAGUGCCCUCGUUUCCGCAAGCUCGACUCUCCGAGCGACAGCGGUAUCGAGUCCGGUACCGAGAAGCCUGACAAACCGGCAAGCAGCAGCGCAAGCAGUGCACCGACCUCCGUUUGCUCCAGUCCACGCUCCGAGGACAAAGAGGUGGAGGAUAUGCCAGUGUUGAAACGUGUUCUACAAGCCCCGCCUCUGUACGAUACCAAUUCACUAAUGGACGAGGCGUACAAGCCUCACAAGAAGUUCCGCGCCCUCCGUCAAAAGGACAGCGCGGAGGCGGAACCGGCGGUAAUCGUGCAACACACGCAGUCACAGUUACAUCUCCAUUUAACCUCGCCGCCAGCGAGAAGUCCGUCGAACCAGACGCAAGCCCAGUGCCCUCAGACAGCGAGUCUACUGAGUAGCACGCACUCGACGCUAGCCAGGAGCCUGAUGGAGGGCCCGAGGAUGACGGCGGAACAGUUGAAACGCACCGACAUCAUUCACAAUUACAUAAUGCGCGGUGAAGCGAGUCCUAGAUCACCAGCUGUCUCUCCGUCACCUGCAGAACAGUGCGCCUCGACGACCACGAUCACAGCGCGCUCGUCACAAGGAUCUCAAGGUUUGCUGCAGUGCGCAACAAGCAGCAGCUACUCAACAACCAGGUGGCCCGCGACGUCUGUGAUCACAACGACGACGGGCGCCAGACAGCAGCAACACCAUCAGCAACAACAGCAACACCAGCAGCAGCAGCAGUCUUCCUCGGACUACCUCAUGGUCGGGAAUUCGCCGGCCUCGUCGCCAAGGUACCUGUCCGCGGCGGCGACGAGUAGUACGAGCACGAGUCCACGGCCUGCGUCGAGCACGGCAGCGACGCUAGUACUAUCCGGCUGCCCUAGUAACAUGAUGGAGCUGCAGGUGGACAUCGCGGACAGCCAGCAACCGCUGAACCUGUCGAAGAAGUCGCCGUCCCCGUCGCCAAGGCCGCUAGUGGGUCCGUGCAAAGCUCUGUCGCUCGAGGCGUAGUGCUCUUCAGGGCUGAAUCGUCGCGUGAACACGUGAGAUAUACGUUUGUCGUCGCGCGGCGUGAUUUGACUGGAUCCGUGGUUCCAACACGUUGGACAAAAAGCAGCGCGUGUAAAAGGCGCUUUCUUUUCAUUUCUUUCUUUUUUUUUUUUUUUUUUUUUUUUUUCUUUGUC